GCGCCUCACAAGCACGUGUUCGCUCGCUUGUCUUCGCUCACUGCGUCGAGGUUUGUUGUUGUUGACGAAAUUUGACGAGGAGGGAGCAAAAUACUGGGAUUUGUUGAGUUUAGAUUGAGUAUCAAAAUCAGCCAUGGCUGAAGACAGAGAGAUUUUGCGUGAAGUGUGGGAUGGCAGAGUUGCUGUUUGUGUUCAACUUGCAAGUGAAGACUGCAACACACUGAGUGCCCCAGACCCAUACUACCUCAUGGUGCCAAGACUAUCCUACUUCCCUCUAGUUACAGAUAAGGUACGAAAACAUUUUCUCCGCUUCAUCACAACAGAACUCAAUGAUGCUGAGAUGUGGUUGGAAUCAGAUGGUACUCCAUUGAAAUGGCAUUAUCCCGUUGGUGUUCUGUUUGACCUUCAUUGUGGUGGUGCUUCCCUUCCUUGGAACCUCACUGCCCACUUCUCUCACUUCCCAGAGCAUGAGCUCAUCAAGUGCUCUUCCAGAGAGGUUGUAGAGUCCCAUUUCCUUUCCUCCUUAAAAGAAGCUGAUGGUCUGAAGCACAGAGGGCAGAUCAUUACCAAUAUGCAAAGCAAGGAUCACAAGCAACUAUGGAUGGGCCUUUGUAAUGAUAAGUUUGAUCAGUUUUGGGCCAUUAAUCGGAAGCUUAUGGAUAGUACCCCAGAGGAAGGCUUCAAACACAUUCCCUUCCGUCUGCACUUACCCUGCCAGCCCCCAAUUCAGAGGCUUAUCAGACCUCUCACAGAUGACGGAAGAAAGGUUACGUUGGGUGACCUCCUGCAAGAGUUUUUACCUGAUUCCAGUAAUGAAGGAGACCGCGUAGUGAUCCAGGGGAUCGAGGCCCCACGAGAGACUCCGUUACAGUGGCUUAGUGAGCAUCUUAGUCACCCAGAUAAUUUUCUUCAUAUUUGUUAUAUUCCAACUCAGAUGUCAUGACCAGGGUACUUAUGUCACCUAGCUUCAGGAUUACACUUUUUAGCAUAUUCACUCCAUUGACAGUGUUGAGGAUUACGAGUGAAUGUAACAAGUUUUCUUCGUGUAAUGCAUAAGAAAAGCCUGUUGUGUAUGAUCAUGCAGAAAAUGUUUUGUGAGCUAUGUCUUUAUUAAAGUUGCCAUCCAUGAAGCAAUUCAAAUGGCUGGAAUGAUAUUGCAUCUGUUAUUCAGUUGCCAUUCUAGCUUGUAGAAAUUGUCUAUAACAUGACUUUCCCUCAACAAUUUGUGUAUACUCAAUAUAUUUUAUUGAUAUGCAGGUGAAUGUUUUACCAUGCAUUUCAUACUUGGUUUGUAAAAGCAUACGUAAAAUUGUAUGUGUGUGUCUUUUGGGUAUAAGUGUGUUUUUGCUUGCAUUGAUGAAUAGCUGUGUUAGGGAAAGAAAGACAGAAAGCGAGAUGAGUGAAUGAAAGCAUAAUUCAUCUGGUGUUUGAACUGUUAGUAGUGCAAGUUCAUUCUUUUCUCUCUUUAUUUAUGACUUUUCUUGUUAUAAAACCGAUGUGGAAUGUGCUAAGCAUUCCCAGGGAAUACUUAUGUUCAUAUUAAUUUCUCUUAUUAUUUAUUCUUACAGUAUCACGAAAUACUGACACUUCUCUGCUUAUUUACAUUCAUUAUGUUUUUGAUAUAAUCAUUUCUGAAGUCUUUCUUCUUCUUCUUCUUCUUCUUCUUCUUCUUCUUCUUCUUUUCAUUUCCUGUAGAAUCAGCAUAGAAUAUAAAUCCAUUACCCAUCAAAUUAUCAUAGGAUUUUUCAAGAUACCAAAAAUUAAACCCCUAUUGUUCAACUUUAUUAUUUUCCCAAUUUCCAGUUGAAUGAAAUGUUUUAGAGAAAAGACAUGCAACUACAUUAAAUAAUGGUAUUUUAUGUUCCAGAAGAUUGGUAUGUUUACCAUACGAGGUUAGUGUAAAAGUGUUGUAUAAUGAUAUUAAAUGAGCAUAAAAAAGUCACUUUGAAAAUUAUAUAACAUCAGAUUUUUGAUUCUACAUUUUGUUUAGUUAAGGUAUUGACCCCAUAUUUGUGUAUCUGAAUUUGAAAUUUCGUUUUGUAUUAUAGAUUAAGUGUCCAACUACAAAAAUCUGUCAUGUUAGAAAUAACAUAACAGAUGGCUGAUUUUUUAAGUUUUUAUCUUGUUUAACUGUAAAAGAAUUCAGAAAAAUUCCUAUUGUACACCCGCGUGGGUUUCCCUUCUGCUCUUCUCUUUACAACAGGAACAAGUCAUUAUUAAGAUGUGAUAUAUUUAUGUACAGAAUAUGAUUAAUAUUAUAUCCAAGACCAA